CCAACAUCAUCUCGCGAUGCUCCGACUUCUCUAGGCAAACCGGAACCGGUUUAGACCAAGACCGACGGAUACGCCCAAGACCAAAGAAAACCAUCGGUUCAUUCAAACCGAUAAACUUCGAAGACUCAAUAAGAAACAGCAUGCAGCGACCAGUCACAAGAAGAUGUGCAGCACAUCCGAACGAAGGAAUGAGCGAGAUCACGAGUUCAGAACAUUCAUCCUUAAGACCUUACUUCCAAAUUUGCUGACUCAACUACACUACUCACCAGUGAACUGGAGGGACUUACUGUUGGGUAUGAGCCUGACCCUUUUGACCCACAAGAUAAUUGUCAUGACCCAUAACCAUGUAAGGUAGACUCGGCUUGCUGGCUUUUAAGCCGCCGUCUCGACUCGACUCGAGACUACUUUUAGUCGAUCAGAUGGGCGAGCGAAAGCAAUCGGCUUGACGACUCAAAGUAAAGGCCGACAGCUCGGCCCAAUCAACGAAAGGCCCAUUAAGUCAAGACGAGUAGGUUAACGAGCGACCGCCUAUAAAAGGCGAGAGAGGGGUGUCGAGGAAGGGAUCGACAAAUCACCACACACUUACUUUCGGCCAAAAACUAGGGUUUAGAUCUUAUUCUCGCCGACUUGUAUCUCCCGGCAAACUAGCUUUCGCCGGUUUACUUUUUACCGUGUCUUUCCCUUUUUGUAUCACAAUCAAACGAUUCGUUGAUCUAAUAAAACGUGUUUGUCUCGAUCCACCGACGAAAACCCGUUCCCUUUCUUUACUAGUUUGUCGAUAGUACUCGGUUCAAACAACGGUGAGCAUGUAGUUUUCUAUAUUUUUCUUCUUGUCCUCUGUUUAUUAUAUUCCAGUUUAUUUUUUCUAUAUAUAUUCUGACAUUUAAUAUGUUAUUCUCUUCCAGUGCAGAUGAGUGGUUGGAACAAAGAACAAAGAGCGAGGGAGGCCAUGAGAGCUUCAGUCUUCAAGUGUCGCUUCCUUGUCAUAGUCUUGUGUCUGCUGUCUUUUUGUUCCUUCGUUGGCAACGUUACAAAUCAGUGAGUUGCUCCUCCUUCCCUUUCUACUCUUUACGCUUAGCAUUGCUCUAUAUCAUUAGUUUAACAUUAAUAUCUGCCCCCUUUUUGACCAGGGAACCAUACAUGGUGUUUCAUGUUAAUAGCGAUGGAAAAUAUUUCAUAACGCAUCCGUGGAAGCUGCUCGAGAUAGCAAGUUGGGAUAUCGCUAAGUUUGUGGUUGCUCCUUUCUGUCUGGUUGGUCUUGUAUUCCAGAUGUGGACUUUUUCAAAUCAGACUCAAGGUCUCCAACAAGAUCAAGGAAACUUAAAACCUGAUGAGAAGAUGGUGAAAAAUCCGCCAAAAAAGAAAAAAAACAAAAAAUCUUCAUCAAAAAAGAAAGAGGGAAAUUUGCAAUACCAACAUGUUGGGGAGACAGAGAUUGAAGCUGAUCAGGAAAAUGAUAUCGACAUUAGAUAUGGUGAUCAGUCUAUUUUCGAACCACAACCACAGUCACAUCAACCUACAGAAAACUUAGAGCUCGAACUAAAGUCAAUAGUGAGGGACAAAAGUAGUAUAAACAAUUUGACUAAAUUACUGGCUGUGGGAGCUGACGGCAUUGAGGUCUUUGAGGAUACACGUGAUCAACGUCUCGUGGCCGUGAAAAGAAUCAUUUACUCCGAUGAAGCGCUUGCAAUUGCGUAUAAUGAAAGGCAAAACCACUAUAACACUGAAAAUCAUUCGAACCAAAUUCUCCGGCACUAUGGUCUCGAUUUCACUGAUUCUUACAUUUAUGUCUAUUUACAACCCUGGAUGUGCACUAUAGGUGACUUGAUUAGAUUCUGUUCAAGCAAAGGAAGUGACACACGAUAUCUCACUCAGAACCAAAUAUGUCUUUUGGAGAAAUUUAUUAAAAAAAAUAAGUGUUGGGAAGCCACUGGUCGUCCUUCCAGUCUCCUUGUUAGUCUGAUAAAAAAUAUAGUUUCGGGUGUUGCCGAACUGCAUCGUUCAAAUAUUAUUCAUCGAGAUAUAAAUCUGGAAAGCUUUUUUAUAAUGGCUACUGAGGAUGAGGAUUUUAUUGCAAAGCUUGGGGAUUUGAGCAUGGGCAAGCUUCUCGGGGACAGUGGGUACUUCGGGGAACAAAAACGGAAAGCACCGGAGCAGAUACAGAGGAAGAAUCAAUUCGAAGGUUUGACAAACGAUGUCUAUUUCCUUGGAUGUGUCUUUGGUUUUUCGAUCUCUCAGGGUAACCAUGUAUUUGAAGAUGUAUGUGAAGAUGAUAUCAUUUUUAAACAAAAAGCAAAGAAUAUAUUGAAAAACUUCCCCGAAGGUUACCAAAUUUUCAAGAAUUUGACUAGAACCCCCCAUGCAAAGCGGUAAUGUUAUUUAUUUAUUCAUUCGUUAAUAUUAUUAUUUUAAUUGAUUUCACAAAUUAACCAAUCUCCUUGCAUAUUUUCAGUAUUACUGCAAAAAGAGCACCAUGUUAUUUAUUUAUUCUUUCGUUAAUAUUAUUAUUUUAAUUGAUUUCACAAAUUAACCAAUCUCCUUGAUUAUUUUCAGUAUUACUGCAAAAAGAGCACUGGCCGAACCAUUUUUUUGGACAUGUGUGAUGAAGGUGCACUUCUAUUCGGUUGCUAGUCGUUGCUUUGUCGGUUCUAAAGAGAAGGAUGUAUGGAAUUCACUACAAAAAAGUGCAGGAAUAGUUCUGGAGAAUGACAAAUGUUGGGAUACGAGACUAGAAGAUGCUUUUAGAAUCAAAAUAGCCAAAGAGGGUUACAGUUGUGAUCGACUUGCCGAUUUGGUAAGACUUGUGAGAAAUACUCUUUGGCAUUACGGCGGAGAAGAGAAUGAAGAUGUUGAGGUUUGUAUUUUUACACAUAUUUACUAGCUAUUUUGUAUUUCAUAACACUUCAUAUUCCAAACACAUAGUGUAUUAACUAUUUUGUACAUGUAUUUGAUGUUUUAGCAUAUCGUGGGAACUUCUCAAGAAUCAAUACUCGAGUAUUUCGAUAGAAAGUUUCCGCAACUGCUGGUGCAAGUGUACUAUAUAGCUUUUGAUCACUACCGGACACAUAAGGAUUUAAGAACAUACUUUGAGUGACAAAGGUUGGUGAUUUAAUUAUUUUAAUCUUUUGCUGAUAAAUGUAAUAUCUCACUGUAUAUAUAUAUUUUAUUUUUUUUUAAUUUGUUGACAGACACUCCAUAACUAGGCUUUGGGAGAUGACUCACGACAUCUGUCAUUUGGCUUCUCCAUUAUUGGAUUAAAACUACUUAUGUUUUUUUUUGCUUCAAAUAAUUGUCGGUUAAGUUCUCUAUUGAUUCGGUUCAAAGUUAUCAAGUUUAAAGCCUUAUGAAUUUUAUAAAUAAAUGUUAAAAGGAUUUGUGAGAUACAUACAUAUUAUAUUGAACAAUACUAAACUUAACAACUUGCAUGCUUUCUUUAAUGGUCAUACCCCUUUUGUUGGUCUCUCACUAUAUCCCUUUUCUCAUCUCCGAAACUGAUCCAGUAAAGCGGCCUCCUAUCUCACAAUGGUUUGAUAGGCUCUUUCAAGUUUGUUGUUGUUCAAUAUCAAACGCCAAACAACUACUAUUUCAUUUUAUAUAAUAUUCAAAUAGAGGAGCUGCCAAAUUGGGAUAAGUCGGAAGCUAAAUAUAAAUCCCAUUUGUUCACAUGGUCAAUUAACCCUUUUCUUAAUUAUUAUGUUUUGUUUGAUUGACCUCAGCACCAUAUUGUAAGUAUUAUAUUAUCUACUUUAAGAUUACAAAAGAAGAUACAUACGUGUGAGAGAAAAAGAUGAAGCAAGUAUAAGAUAUUAUCUAAUUAGGAUAAUAUUUGUUUUCUUGAGGAAGACAUAGAUGGAUUCGUCGUUUGUAAAGAACAACAGAUAUACGAGAGAGGAGAAGACUCAUUGUCUCUUUAAUGGUUUUUUAUCUUUCCCUGUAAUGGUCCUCAAUGUAAGGUUACUACACUUAUUUCCUCCCCCUUGCAAUCUAUUUGUGUUAUCUGUGUAAGCUUUGUUGAAGGUGUUGUCUUUGCUGAGUAGAUGAUUGAAGCUUUACAAGAACGCUGUUUUGGACCUACAUUUGAACUCAAGUCACAUGACAAGGUGCUUGUGGUUUAUAUACAAGUCAAAGAUGAGUGUGUGUAUACUUGUCUUCUCAAGCUUGUUGUUUGUGUGUGUUUUCUUUUUUCUGAUUGUCACACAGUACUCUCUCUGAGAUAUGGGAUCCGUUUAUGAGACCAGAAGGUGGUGGAAGUGCAGAAUGCAGAUGAUGUUGUAUCUAGACUUGCUACUGCUAUGGAAUCCAUGGAAGUUGAAUAUCAAGGCUGUGCAAUUCUGGUGGUGAGUCAUGGAGAUCCUCUUCAGAUGUUACAUAACAUUCUCCAUUCAGCUAAGCAACACAGAGGAGGUUUUCGUUUUAGCAGUGAGGUUUCAGAUGAGCAGAGUUGCUUCCGUCUUGUCUCAGCACCGCAAGUUUGCUUUGCAACACGUAGCUUGAUCUUUGGCAUUAGUUAGAAAGACAUUUGUGUACCUCGUGGUCUACUUAAUGGAUGAAAACAUGUUCUCAGAACACACCCAAACCCAUUGUCUUUGUGCAACUAAACCUCUUGGUCUCUUUGCUCGAGUCUGAUUCAAGUUUUACCUAGACGAUGAUCAAGAAUGGGUUCUCUUGAUCUUGAUA